AAGGAUGCCAUGUGUGCAAACAUAUUUGGAAGAUACGUAGCGUAUACGAUUGCUUGCAAAAAAAUAGAUAGGCUAGUCAAGCUUUUCAAAAGAAUAGAUAGGACAGGAAGUCAUAGCUUGGCAAUUCGAUAGCACGGCACGGGAACGGCUAAGCAUCCACUAAUUAUAUAUGCACGGGGAGAUGAGAUUUUUCCUGAGACGCUAUCAGAUUUUUGGCAAAGUCUCAUCGAGGAAAAACGGGGGAACGUCGGCGUCAGCAGUCGGCAGCAGCUCAAGUAGCAAAGAUCACGUCGCUGUAGGAGUGAUAGCUCGAUCGCCGUAUCCCAAUCAAAGAGGCUAGGGAUGCCGGAUGCGCAUGUGAAGCGCGCGGGCUGAAACCGAAUCCCGAACCAUGUAAAAGCUCAUAUAAAGAAUCCAUAUCGUCUCGCACGCACACCAAUCAGCACAUGGAAGAACCGGUGCGCACGAUUUUGACUCCACCUGUAAAGAGAAACAAGCGCAGGUAGCAGGAAUAUGGCGAUCAAUGUGCUUCUUCAUUUUGUUUAUUAUACAGGCAUGGAUCCUGACGAGCCUAGAGAUCAUCGAUCGUCCAAUGUCUUCUGCGAGCGUGCGCCGCGUGUAAUUCAUUUGCUAUAGAUAUUGAUUUUUUUUUUGAAAAAGUUCAGUUUACUCCUCCACUUAAAUAUCCUUAAACUAUGGCUGAAUUUGAGUAACCCCUAGACUUUAAGACUGUUUUUCAAGCCUUCUAUUUUAUUUCUAAUUGAAACGGGUGCACUUUACACCUUUUGCUCGCUAAACCAAAAGUGUCGUGUUAAUGAUUUCGAUGCUGAUGUGAUGGUUUACUCUCACAUGGCGUGUUGUGUUCUUAUAACGUGCUGAGUUCACAGCACGCCAUCACCACCACCACCCGUUAGAGCCAUCUCUCCUUCUUCCACCGCGGUGACUACCCCACCUUAGUGAUGCCUUGGUGAGCUUCGCCCAAUUCUCCAAGAUCUCCAUGUGCCUGUGCUGCUAUGAGUUUAGCAGGCUAAACUUCAUAUUUUGCCAAUCCCUAGUGCAUGGCACCGCUACCAUGCCCAUCUCUCCAUCUUUCUGCUUUGCGCGCCUUCAAGAUGCACCCUAGUGGGUUCUCUGGUGUUGCUUGCCGGUGGGUGAAUCCAGCAAACCCAUUUCUGUUAUUUAGAGAAAAAUAUGUAAAGUGCACUGGUUUAGAAAGUUAGGGGGUUAAAUAAGCAGUUUCAAAGUUAGGGUUAUCAGUACUUUAGAGGACUAGAGUGAACUUUUUUUAGAUUUUUUUUUAUGAAAAAGUGUUCAAAUUGCAUUAGGAAGCUCUUAUUUGGUUAGGGAAAAAAAAUCUAAAUGAAAAACGUGCCAGAGAACAAAAACUGCUAACCAACACUCGAAAAAUGACACCCAGGGAAUUAAUGUUCUAGACCUUGUUCGAAAAUGUACCGAACUGAAUAAAUGUGUCAUCUCAUAUGCGUCAUGUGCGUGAAAAAGCUAAAAGGACAGCCAUAUAUUUCGGUGUUAAUUUGUGCGUAUAACAGCAAAGCGUAUCGUACUCGAGGAUAUCCAUACACCCUGACUCGUAGCAUGACAAGGCCAUCUGUCUUUCUUGCAAGCCACAUGGCACGCCGUAUCGCUUCGACAUGUCGCUUGUGUGCCACCUGCUACACAUACGUAUUUCCAUAUUGUACUUAAGGAUAUCGGCCAUGCAUGCAUGAUGUUUUACUGCAUAUCAAGUCAGUUAAGCAUUGUGGUCUUAAGGAAAAAGCUCAUAAAAACUCUAUCCGUUCUAAAUUUAGAUUAUUUUGACUUUUCUAAGUUUAUAGAUAUUAUUAUUAUGUAUCUAGAUUGUAUUUCCACAUAAAAAACUAUACAUCUAAAAAUAUCAAAACGACCUGCAAUUUAAAACGGAGGGAGUAGGAAUGGACACUCACCAAAUGGCAUGUAGACAUCUAUCACUCUACUUUUUAAUUUGGACUCGAAAUAUCUUAUUCGUGAAACAGCUUCAUGGGGCACUUGGCAUAGAACGAAAAGCCGGAUCGGAGAUCGAACCGGUCACGCUGCUGGUUCACUGGUCAAACCAGUGGUUCAUUGUUUAUUAAUAUAAUACUUAUUUCUCAUGAUUUAUAUGAGUAAUAUGCAACAUAUCACAUAUGACAUAAUAGAUGUGAUUACGUAAAAAUAACAUAAUAGUCCAUUGUCCAAAGUUCCAAAACUAAUGUACAAAAGUCAAACCGUUCACUUAUUCAAAAAAAAAACGGUUCACCGGUUCGACACGACCGGGUUCGCAACGGUUCACACCGGUCCAAUUGCAUGACCAAUAACUGAACCGUCUGGUCACCGUUCACGGUUUUUCCGGUUCAACCGUGAACCGGUUCGAUUUUUUUUUCUAUGGCACUUGGGCAGGGUCGCAGGGAAUCUCGUUUUCUACUGUGGCAGAUCCAUCGUCCACUUGGGCAGAAUCUGUGUCGCUCCCCAUGGAUGAGUAACCAACCCAUUCCGCAGGCCGCAUCUGCCGCCCAUUUUCCCGGGCCCCAACGCACUCUCCAGUUGACUGCUCUGCUCUGCACCCCGCCGCGCCUCUCUUUCUUUUCUUCCCCUCCCUGCCCUGCCCUGGAGUGAGUGGACUCCAUCUCCAUCCUCCCGCCCAUCCCGUUCCUUCUUCAAGUACCCCCUCCUCCCGGCUCUCCCCGUCCCCCGCGCUCAUCAUCUCCCUGCGCGAGCCUGCCGCGGCACACUGCACGGCGACGGUGACACGGUGUGUGUGAUUGCUAGAACGUGCAGGCGCGCGCCAUGACGUGGAACAAGGCCCCGGCCGACGGCGCCGCCGCCGCCGAGAAGGCCGUCAACGUCGGCGGCGACGACACCGGCCUCGCGCGCCUCCGGGAGCUCGGGUACAAGCAGGAGCUCAAGCGCGACCUCUCGGUGCUGUCCAACUUCGCCUUCUCCUUCUCCAUCAUCUCGGUGGUGACGGGGAUCACGACGCUCUACAACACGGGGCUCACCUUCGGCGGGCCGGCCACCAUGACCUUCGGCUGGUUCGUCGCCGGCGCCUUCACCAUGACCGUCGGCCUCUCCAUGGCCGAGAUCUGCUCCUCCUUCCCCACCUCCGGCGGACUCUACUACUGGAGCGCACGCCUCUCCGGCAAGCGCUGGGCGCCCUUCGCCUCCUGGAUCACCGGAUGGUUCAACAUUGUUGGACAGUGGGCGGUGACCACGAGCGUGGACUACUCCCUGGCGCAGCUGAUCCAGGUGAUCAUCCUGCUGGGCACCGGCGGCAAGAACGGCGGCGGCUACCUGGCGUCCAAGUACGUGGUGAUCGCCUUCCACGCCGCCAUCCUGAUCAGCCACGCCGUCCUCAACAGCCUCCCCAUCACCGUGCUCUCCUUCUUCGGCCAGUUCGCUGCGGCCUGGAACAUGCUGGGAGUCUUCGUGCUCAUGAUCGCCGUGCCCGCCGUCGCCACCGAGAGGGCCAGCGCCGAGUUCGUCUUCACCCACUUCAACACCGACAACGGCGCCGGCAUCCGCAGCAACUUCUACAUCUUCGUCCUCGGGCUGCUCAUGAGCCAGUACACGCUCACAGGAUACGACGCCUCCGCGCACAUGACUGAGGAGACCAAGAACGCGGACAAGAACGGCCCGAUCGGCAUCAUCAGCGCGAUCGGCAUCUCGAUCGUGGUGGGCUGGGGAUACAUCCUCGGCAUCACGUUCGCGGUGAAGGACAUACCCUACCUGCUGAGCCCUGACAAUGACGCCGGAGGGUACGCCAUCGCCGAGGUGUUCUACCUCGCCUUCAAGAGCCGGUACGGGAACGGCGUCGGCGGGAUCAUCUGCCUGGGGAUCGUCGCCGUCGCCAUCUACUUCUGCGGCAUGAGCUCGGUCACGAGCAACUCCAGAAUGGCAUACGCGUUCUCGAGAGACGGCGCCAUGCCCUUCUCCUCCGUGUGGCACAAGGUGAACAAGCAAGAAGUGCCCAUCAACGCCGUCUGGCUCUCUGUUUCCGUCGCCCUCUGCAUGGCGUUGCCGUCGCUGGGCAGCCUGGUGGCGUUCCAGGCGAUGGUGUCGAUCGCGACGAUCGGGCUGUACAUCUCGUACGCGCUGCCGAUCCUGUUCCGGGUGACGCUGGCGCGCAAGCACUUCUCGCCGGGGCCAUUCAGCCUGGGCCGCUACGGCGUGCUCGUCGGCUGGGUCGCCGUGCUCUGGGUGGCCACCAUCACCGUGCUCUUCUCGCUGCCGGUCACGUACCCGGUGACCAAGGACACGCUCAACUACACCCCCGUCGCCGUCGGCGGGCUCUUCUUCCUCGUGCUCUCGUCGUGGGUGCUCAGGGCAAGGCACUGGUUCAAGGGCCCCGUCACCAACCUGGACGGGUGAACUGACCAAGCUAGCCGGGACGGUGUGCAGGACGCCAUGGGAUGUUCAGCGUGUCAUGGUGGAGGCUGCUCGCAUGGUCACAUCACAUGCUAGAUGCUGCUGUUAUAUGGUGGCUACUGGGUAGUUCUUGUAGCCAGUGAAAUGCGUGCGAGUGGAGGCUUUUCCACGGGAGAGGCUGGGAAGAGUUGGGAGGCAACGAGAUGUUGUACUAACUACUUUGUUCAAAAGACCGAGCAAUCGAUAGAGUAUAAAUUCUGUCGACCGGCAAAAUUCAUCAGAAGUAGGAUGCAGAAUUUCAACAUCUCAUUAUAUAUUGUUGAAGACAGUGGACAGAAGGGAGGAGUAAAAGCGUAAUUAGCUCGUGAUGAAACGUGUUAUGCUAUAGUAAAAUCAACAUGUGUUUUUUUCAUCGGAUAAUUGCCGAUUUCUAAUAAGGUAACUAGAAGUGGGUCUCUUGUUUUUCUUGGCA